CUCUGGCUGGUGACAGCAGGGUCCGUCCCUAGAUCUCAGUAUGGCUGAGGUGGAGGCGGUGGGGACCCAGGGACCUGAAGGCACUGGGGCAUGCAUGGGGGAUGUCCCCUCCCUUAAAGAAAUUGAGCAGCUGCUGAACACUGGGCGGCCCUCUUGCAACCAUGUUGAUGAAGUAUGGCCUAAUCUAUUCUUAGGAGACCUAGUAACAGCUCACAACAGGUUUGUUUUGUGGAAGAUGGGUGUGACCCAUGUUUUAAAUGCUGCCCACGGCACAGCAUACAGCCACGGAGGGCAGGACUAUUAUGGAGCAACCAUUGAUUACUACGGCGUACCAGCCCAUGACCUCCCAAGCUUUGAUAUAAGCCAGUUCUUUUUCUCUGCAGCACAAUUUAUCCACAAUGCUUUGAACACGCCAGGAGCUAAAGUUUUGGUACACUGUGCAGUUGGAGUGAGCAGGUCAGCAUCCCUCGUCCUGGCAUAUCUCAUGAUCGAUCACCAGCUCCCGUUGGUUGAAGCCAUCAAAACAGUGAAGCAGCAUCGAUGGAUUUUCCCCAAUCGUGGCUUUCUGAAGCACCUGCGGAAUUUGGAUGCUCAGCUACGGCAACAGAAGUCCUGCUGAAAGGGCAAUGCUAUUGACAUGUGCUUUUCUAGUCUCAGCCUUCAUAACCACAGCGCACUUACAGCUUCCUAUGAUCAAUGCAUGAUGAAAGAAUAAACAAAAUUAUGCAUCAAAGAGAAAAAUAAAAAAAAACUGUAAAUGGAUUCAUUCUAACAGCUUGCUUCCUCCAAAACAAGCAGAGCCAACAUCAGCGCAACGAACAAUGUGUGCUGUGCAGCAGCUGUGCCUGGUGUGGUGCUACCAGAUGACUCCACUAAGGUGGUGAAGAUGGACAGAGUUUGUUCUGGUUUGUGCUCAGGCCAGAGUCAAGUUCAAUAAGGGCAUCUGGCUGUGCAGUACAUUUACUCCCAUUACUCAGGAGUGUGACAUAACCAGCUUCCUUGGUUUGGUUACAGUUCUCCUGUGCGCAUUCUCAUACAAAAUCUUUUUGUCUUCCAGGCCUGGUGAAGUGGCACUAGCAAUUUGUGAAGAGCCCAGACGCUGCUACAGGAACGUUCCUCCUUCUGCUGAGUAUUGCAGUGCAACCAAAAACUGUGACAGCCUGAAGACCCACACCAGCAGAAUAAACUUCUCUGCAGCUCUGGUUCAGCAAACCCACAAAUCUUUUCUUGUGCAAAUAUGUUUUCAACAAGUUAUUUCAUGUUAUGUAGAGUAUUGAGGGCAUUAAAAACAAAGAUGUCAGGUGUUCAAAGCAUUUUGUAAGCUUGGACUCAUCAGUUCACUCUCCCUCUAAAUCAUCCCAAAUCACUUCUGGCUUCGAAUCAUCGUUGGUUUAACGAUGGGUAGGAACUUAUUUAGCUGACAUCAAUGGCAAAGCUUAAUAGGUACAAAUUAGUUUUAAGCUGUUUUGAGGAUGUCACUUUUCCUAUCACCAGUUAAUUAGUAGCUAAACCAAUGUGAUUUUUAAUACAGAAAGAGCUUUUGAAAUUCAUGCUGCCACUCUGCCUGAAAUUUAGCUUGUUACCUUGCAGUGAACCAUGCAGUGAUAAUCAAAUCUAUUUUUGCUCUCUGCUGCUGGUUUGAUUUAUUGAUUAGCUGACCUUAUAAACCUUCC